AUGAUCAUCGGCAAAUGGACCCAUUCAUACAACACCUGCCAAAAUACCAAUUCUAGCAUCUCCAGUUUGCUCAACAAAUUAACCUUGAAGUGCUUCUCUCUGAUACACCUCUUGUCCACUGACAUACAAAGCUGCAGCACAAUCACAAUUGGUGCUAUGCCUCCACUAGCUUCAAUUGUUAGUACAACUUCCAGCAUGGUCAACCUGAACAGAUUUUUGUCAGCAUGUUGUCAUUCACUCUGGUCCCUAAUGAACAAAAACCUCAACUGA